UCGGGCAUACAGAGAAAAAACAUUCACAGCCUCAGUCAGUCAGUGUGUCUGUUUAUUCCGUGUGUCGAACGACUACCUAUCCGUGCUCGGCGUGUUGAGUUGUAAGCAUGAAGAUCAAACCGUUGGAUCAUGCUCACUUUUCUAAGCGGAAGAAGACACCACCAAAGGCUGGACUUCUUGAUGUGAUGCGGUAUUCCGAUUAUAAGGAUUAUCUAUUGCUCAUUGGUGGAAUUCUACUCAACAUUGUGAAUGGAGCUCUUUUGCCAAUGAACACAUUCAUUUUUCGAGGAUUGGCUGACACUUUGAUCACUGGAGAACGCAAUCUCACUGAAAGUGAACUGAACAUGGACGAGUUCACAAGCGACGUACUAUAUUUCUGUAGCUUAUAUUUCUACCUAGCCCUCCUUCUGCUAUUCUUUGGAUAUUUUUCUAAUGCUUGCCUGCUCAUUCUUUGUGAGCGCCGUAUUCACUGUAUUCGAAAAAGAUAUCUGAGAGCAGUAAUGCGCCAAGAUAUGUCUUGGUUUGACACUCAACAAGUGGGAUCCCUGACGAAUCGAAUGAGCAGUGGAGCAGAAAAGUUGAAGGCUGGAAUUGGUGACAAAAUGGGUCUGCUCUUUUCCGCGCUAGGAAGUUUUAUCAGUGGAAUAGCACUUGGUUUUUAUUUGAGCUGGAAAAUGACAUUGGUGAUGAUGUUUACCGUACCGGUUCUUCUAGCAGCCAUGAUCAUCUCGGCAAAGAUGAUCUCAAGAGCAUCAAAAUCUGAAACUUAUGCGUAUUCGACAGCUGGCGGACUAGCAAAUGAAGUCAUCUCUGGAAUUCGUACUGUAAUGUCCUUUAACGCUCAGCCUUUCGAAAUACAUCGAUACGAAAAAGAGCUAAAAACAGCGCGAAAACUUGGCAUCCAUAAGGGAGUAAUACUGGGUGUUUUCGCAGGACUGAAUGUUUUUCUACUGUUUGCUGCCAUGGCUGUUGCAUUCUGGUACGGGACCAUCCUUGUUGUGAGAGGUGAGAUAAGUCCGGGAACAGUUUUCGCCGUAUUCUGGGCUGUAUUUAUCGGUACACGAAGAUUUGGCGAUGCCAUUCCACAAAUGGGAGCGAUUCUUGGUGCAAAACUUGCUGCCGCAGACAUCUUUGCUGUUAUUGACAGGCUACCAGACAUAGACAGCUCAAAGAUGGAAGGGUUCACGCCUGAAGAAAUCACUGGAAGGCUAAGCUUCACUAACGUUCAUUUCACAUAUCCGGCAAGACCUACUGUAAAAAUUCUGGAUGAUGUCAGCUAUGAGGUCAAUCCUGGAGAGACAGUAGCGUUGGUAGGGCAUUCAGGAUGCGGAAAAUCGACAAUGGUUGGAUUGCUGCUAAGAUUUUAUGAACAAAGCGCCGGUAUUGUAGCCCUUGACGGUAUUCCACUUCGUGAUUACAACAUCAAAUGGCUGAGGAGCGUCAUUGGGGUCGUCCAACAGGAGCCGAUUAUCUUUUCUGCAACGGUGGCGGAAAAUGUCAGAAUGGGAGAUGAUACGUUUUCAGACGAGGACGUUGAAGAAGCUUGUCGAAUGGCUAAUGCCUUGGAGUUUAUUAAAAAGCUCAGCGAGGGCUUCGACACAGUUAUCGGAGAAGGAGCUGUUCAACUUUCUGGUGGACAAAAACAACGCAUUGCCAUCGCUCGAGCGCUCAUUCGGCAACCGCAGAUUCUACUUCUAGACGAGGCAACCAGUGCGCUGGAUACGGAAAGCGAAAGAGCGGUGCAAGAAGCUUUGAAUUCCGCUAGAAAGGACCGUACUACACUUUGUAUCGCCCACAGACUUUCCACUAUCAGAGAUGCAGACAAAAUCAUCGUUUUCGACGAAGGACGCAUCGCUGAAAUGGGAACUCACGACGAACUAAUGGCAAAGGAAAACAGUAUUUAUAAAUGCAUGGUAAAAGCUCAAGAAAUCUCCAAGGGGCAGGAAGAUACCACCCUGGACGAUGUGAAUCCAGCCGAGAUCCGUCGAGGAGUAGCUACAGAAAAGCCUGCCGUCACCGAAGAGGAUCUAAAGCGAAAAACCAGCCUUGCUAGGGAAUCCGCACGAAUUCGACAAAGUUUGAUAAGUACAGUAACAAAUGAGCAGGAGUGGGAGAUUGAAAGUGCUCGUGAAGAGUUAGCGGAAGAAGGUGCACUUGAAGCUUCACUUCUCGACAUUUUUGCUUACGCGAAACCAGAACUCCCAUUGGUUGCUGUGGCCCUAAUCAAUACCAUCAUCCGAGGACUCACAUGGCCUGUUUUCGCAAUUGUUUACGGAAAAUUAUUCUUGCUUCUAUCAAGUUCUGACACCGAAGCAAUGGCUGAAGGAAAUUUGCUCAAUUCCAUGCUGUUCGUGGCCUUAGCUGUAGUGGCCGGAGCAACCACUUUUUUGUCUGGAGCACUUUUCGGUUUGACAGGAGAGAAAAUGGCCACACGCUUGAGGAUGGAUGUUUUCAAGAACAUUAUGCGCCAAGAUGCUUCCUAUUUCGACGACCCGAAACACAACACAGGAACGCUGACGUCUCGUCUGGCUUCUGAUGCACAAAACGUUCAAGCGGCAAUAGACCAAAGACUUGCCGAAACGUUGCAAGGAGUCAGCGCACUCAUAGCCGGAAUGAUCGUAGCAUUUGUCUUUGGAUGGAACGUGGCACCGGUUGGAAUAGCUACGGCUCUGAUACUAGUGAUCGCGCAGUCCUCAGUCACACAGUACUUGAAGUUCCGAGGGCAAAAGGAUACCGAAUCAGCAAUCGAAGCUAGCAGGAUUGUCACCGAAUCAAUCACAAAUGCCAAGACGAUUCAAGCACUAUGCAAGGAGGGUUUCAUGUAUAGAGCAUAUUCUGCUGCAGCACGAGAGCCACAUAGAAGAGCUCUUGUCAGAGGUCUUUGGCAGUCACUGUCGUAUGGACUGGCAAACAUGUACGUGAUGAUGAACUUCGCGAUUGCAUAUGCCUUUGGAUUAUGGUUGAUCAAAAACGGAUGGAGUACUCCCUUCAUAGUGUUUCAGGUCAUUGAAGCACUGAACAUGGCUUCAUAUAGUAUGAUGUCAGCAGCUUCAUACUUCCCUGAAUACAUUCGCGCACGGAUUUCCGCCGGAAUAAUGUUCACAAUGAUGCGAGCCCGACCAAAGAUUGAUAAUUUGAGCCAUCAAGGAGAAAAACCGGAAAUUAGGGGCAAUGUCGCCUUGAGGAACGUGUACUUUGCCUAUCCAAAUCGUCGACGGGCUCUUGUCCUACAAGGUAUCAAUAUCUUAGCCAAACAUGGUCAGACUGUUGCUCUCGUCGGGCCCAGUGGAUGUGGCAAAAGUACCGUAAUCCAACUCGUUGAACGAUUUUACGAUGCCAUCUGCGGAUCUGUGAACGUUGACAACUACGAUAUUCGUGAUCUUUCCAUUCGUCACAUCAGAGACUUCAUGGCUUUGGUUGGGCAAGAGCCAACACUUUUCAACAUGAGCAUACGAGACAACAUAGGUUACGGACUGGAACGUUGUUCACAAGAUAUGCUCGAGCAUGCAGCUCAAUUAGCCAACAUCCACGAUUUUAUAACCUCGCUACCUUCGGGCUACGACACCUUGGUUGGUGCCAAGGGCAGUCUUCUGUCAGGUGGUCAAAAGCAACGCAUUGCAAUUGCUCGAGCUAUCGUCAGAGACCCAAGGAUUCUACUGCUUGAUGAGGCCACAAGUGCUUUGGACACCGAAAGCGAAAAGGUGGUGCAAGAAGCUCUCGACAGAGCACGGCAGGGUAGGACUUGCCUUGUUGUCGCACAUCGUCUUUCAACGAUUCAGAAUGCCGAUGAAAUAGUCGUUUGUCGCGAUGGCCGUGUAGCCGAACGAGGCACUCAUCAAACCCUAUUAGCUAGAAAGGGAAUAUACUACAAACUCGUGGAACGUCAAAAUCGAUAAUGGAAAGUCUCCUUCAUAAUGAGACAUGGAAAAUCGGACGAGUAUUUAAAUUCAGUGUACAAAAUACGCACGGCACAUCGGAACGAAAACUUUAGUCGAGAAUUAUUCUAUGUCAGAUGAUGUAAAUAUCAUAUUCUUGAAUGUCAGGAAAAGAUCACAUUGUAUAUGCCAUUUAUGCAAGUGAUAUAUAUUUUGAUCGAGUCUCUACAGUAAUGUUUACCUUCUUGAGUAAAAAAUUCUGUUUUAA